GCACAGAAGAUGCAUCUUGCCGACUGCCUGCUCCUCCUUCUGGCUGGACUACUGUUCCUUUCUCAAGGUCAGCGGCAUCCCGAGCAUCACGGCCAGGGUCACAUCCACUGUCCCCAUCAGGAGGCUCUGGGCACAGGUGAGGGUUCCCCCAGCCUCAAGGCCACUGCAGGCAAUACUGCCUUUGCUCUCCGCUUCUACCACCUGAUGGCUUCCCAACCCUAUGAGAGCAACGUCUUCUCCCCGCUGAGCAUCUCCACCGCCUACGCCAUGCUGUCCCUGGGGGUCCGCUCGCACAGCCGGACCCAGAUCCUCGAGGGUCUCGGCUUCAACCUCACAGAGGUGUCAGUAUCUGACAUCCACAGGGGUUUCCAGAACCUUCUGCACACUCUCCACCUCCCUGCCGACAGGCUGGAGAUACGUGUGGGCAGCGCCCUGUUGUUGAACCUGGAGCUGCCACCCCUUCUGAGAUUCCUUAACGACUCCGUGACCUUCUAUGAGUCCAAACUCUUCCACACCAACCUCGACGACUCUGAGGGCACAACCCAGCUUAUCAACAACAAUGUCAGGGAGGAAUCUCGAGGGAAGAUUGUGGAUUUGGUCAGCGAGCUCAGCGCGGAUACUAUGAUGGUGCUGGUGAAUUACAUUUACUUCAAAGCUCUGUGGGAGAAACCAUCCAUCCUUGAUGACUUCUACGUUGACGAGGAUACAAUAGUCAAGGUGGCUGUGAUGCUGCAGGAUACCCAGCACCACUGGUAUCUUCACGACACAUACUUGCCCUGCUCGGUGCUACGGAUGGAUUACAAAGGAAAUGCAACAGCCCUUUUCAUCCUUCCUAAUUGAGGGAAAAUGGAGCAGGUGGAAGAGGUUUUGACUCCAGAGAUGCUGACAAGGUGCAGCAACUUGCUUCGGAAGAGGUAUUUUUAAAGGAAGCUCAAGUUGUAUAUCCCCAAAUUCUCCACUUCUGGCUCCUAUAAAUUUGAUCAGAUUUUGCCCAAGCUGGGCAUCACGGACUUGUUCUCAUAGCUGGCUGACUUGUCUGGCAUCACUGAAUAGCUAAACCUGCAGGUGUCCAAGAGUUUCCACAAGGCCAUCUUGGAGGUGGAUGAGGUUGGCACCCAGGCUGCAGCAGCCACCAGCGGCUUUGUCACCUUCUGGUCCCAGGACAAUCACCAAGCCCUUUGGUUUAACCGGCCCUUCCUUGUGGUGAUCUUUUCCACCAAUACCCAGAGCAUCCACUUUCUGGGAAAUGUUGUCCACCCCACGAAACCAUAG